AACAAGUAUAUAUAUAUAUUUUUUUUUAUUUUUUUUCCAAUUAUGAAUUCAACUGCCUCAUUACCAACAAGUUUUACGCAACCAACCCUUGAGAAUGAAGGACCCCUUGAUACAGAAAAAGGCGUUUUUUUAGAAAGUACCCUUAAAAUGACGGGUUUUCGUAAAAAACGUUUUUCAAAAAUACCGGCUCCAGUUAUAAUUCCCCCUCGCUCCCCUAUUUUAAAUGUCCCUUCACCUAUUACUUCCGCUAAAAGUGAUUCAUUUUUAGAAUUACCAUCCCCAAAAACUCCUCAAAGUCCAACAAAAAAAUUUAUUCUUAAACCUAUAUCUGCAAUAUCUGCUGCUUUUCAAAGAACCAAUAUAAAAGGUCGUAAAUCCCCAACGGCUACUUCAUUUUUAAAAUUCCAAAAAACAAAUAAUAAUCUAAAAUCACCCAAAUCUACCUCUCCGAAAGCUGUUCCUCCACAAUCACCAAAGUCCCCUAAAUCCCCUAAAUUUUUACACCGAAAAGGAAGUAAUAGUUCGAUUCGUAAACAUUCCGAAAAUCCUACUGUCAGUCCGGUUACUUCUUCUAAUGUAACUCAAACAAACAAUUCUAAACCUGGUUUCUUUUUUGGAAAAUCUUUUUCGCUAUCUUCUAUUCAAUCUGCGGCACCCAAAUCUCCAUCAAAACUCGGAAAGUUUAAUCUUAAACCACAAAAAUCACCUACAUUUUGUAAAAAAGCAUUACCAAUUUUACCUUCUGAACUUGCUGAACGAUUAAGAGAAUCUUCAUCUCGUAGUGCAAAAGUUGAAGAUGCAUGUUUACAUAGGUUUUCUAAACCUAUUUUAAUAGAUGUUCGUAAUUUGGCGUUGUAUCAAGAUAAACAUAUUCGUGAAUCUUUUAAUGUCAAUUUGCCAACACUAUUAAUUAAAAGAUAUCGUCGUGGGAAUAUGAGCAACUUUUCUUUAGAUUCAUUUAUUACAACACCAGAAGGUCGUAAGAAAUAUUUAAGUAUAGUAAAUGAAGAUGGUGAUCAAUAUCAUCAUGAUGUUAUAAUUUUUGAUGAUUCAAUGGAUGAAACAGAUAAAGAUAGUUCAGGCUGGACUUUAUUGAGUGUCUUAGAAAGAAUUAUGUUAAGUUUUCAUUCUUCCCCGUCAUCUGAUAACGUUCAAGAAACCAACGAUGUACCUAGAGGAAGAGUAUAUUGGCUUAAAGGAGGAUUUGAGGCAUUUCGAUUAUGGGAUCAAGAAAAUGAGUUUAUUGCUACUGGAUUAGAAGUUGAUUCUCCUUCCGAUAAAGAUUCUCUUAAUGAUAUUUUAACGGAAUAUGAAGGUCAAGAACAACAACAGCAACAACAAGGUUCAGGUUUAGUUCGCAGAGAUUCUUUAUUUUCAGUAAAUACUGAACGAAAUUCUCUCAGACACAAAAGAAGCGGAAAACAACCUGAACCUAAACAAGAACAAAAUUCACAACCACCACCACUAGAAACAAAUGCUAGAACAAAACAUAUUGAAGUUUCACGAGGACGACGGCCUUCAAAUGGGCUACAAUAUCUAUUUCCACCAACUAAUGGAAAUGGCAAAAUUAGUGAAUUUUUGUCGCUUUAUCCAACUUCGUCACGUGGAUUACAUGAUACUAUAAUAUCAAAUUGUGAAAAUGUCCCCGUAUCUCCAAGCACUCCAACUUUUGUAGUACAUCCUGAGAUUGCAUUUGUAGUUUCUACCAUAAUACCCGAAUUUCUCUUUAUAGGCCCUGAAAUUACAACAGAGGAAGAGGUGGAGGCGUUAAAAAAUAAAGGUGUAAGAAGAAUUCUAAAUAUGGCUUUCGAAUGUGAGGAUUUUCUAGGGUUAAAGGAAAAAUUUGAUCGUUAUUUAAAGUUAAACGUUAAAGAUUCUGUUGAAGAAGACGUUGAAAAAUUUUUAAAUAUCGCUGUUGAUUUUAUAGAACGUGCACAAGAGGAUAAGGCGCCAGUAUAUGUUCAUUGUAAAGCGGGAAGAUCACGGUCAGUGACGGCAGUUUUAGCUUAUCUAAUCAAAUCACAUCAAUGGACAUUAAGGCAAGCUUACGAUUAUGUAACGGAACAUAGAAGUGGCAUAUGCCCUAAUAUUGGAUUUGUUACAGAGUUAAUGAGAAUAGAGGAAAGUGUAUUUGGUUUCAAAAGAAACAGUGGAGCCGUUACUGAGUUUGAUCUUAGAAAGAAAGGAGAAAUGUUUGAUAUGGAAUAUAUUGAGCCAUUAAGUGAAACGCCUAGAACUGCAUUUUUUUGAGAACAGUCAAAAUAGGGAUAUAACAUAAUUUAUACAUCGCAUUAAUAUGUUGAUCAUAUUGCUAAAAAAAGUACACUUUUUUUUGAAAUCAUAUAUCAUAUUUAUUUUUAUGAAACUAUUGAGGAUUGAGAUAGAUAAUACAGUAUUUAAGAAAUUGGGGGAAUUUUAUUAACAAAUUAUUAUUAUUAUUUAUG